AUGACGAGCCCUCAACCUCUUAUCCGCCAUGCUCGGCGUGAAGACGUUCCCGCCAUCCUCGGCCUGAUCAAAGAGCUGGCCGACUAUGAACGUGAGCUCUCGUCUGUCGAGGCCACAGAGGCCAAGCUCCUGUCUACCAUCGCCUUCGCGCCUUCGCGCUCUUCCUCCUCGGAUCCGCCCUCGACCUCGGAUGCCCAGGGCCUCCCUAUCACCGAGGCCAUCACCCCGACCAAGCCUGCGCGCUGUCUCCUGCUCUUCCGGCCCGAAGAUGGCAGUGGCAGUGCAGGGACGGCGGCGGUGGGGAUGGCGCUGUACUUCUACAACUACAGCACAUGGCGGGCCAAGGCAGGCAUCUACCUGGAGGACCUGUACGUGACACCGUCCGAGCGCAACAAGGGCUACGGAAAGAGGCUGCUCGUCAAGCUGGCCGAGGAAGUGGUGGCCAUGGACGGCGGACGGCUGGACUGGAGCGUGCUCAAGUGGAACGAGCCGAGCAUCCGCUUCUAUGAGGAUGUCAUUGGGGCAACGAGGAUGGAGGAUUGGGUCGGCAUGCGCGUGGACAAGGAGGCGCUCGUGAGGCUGAGCAGAAUGUUGGACUGAAAAUAAAGAGGGAGAAUAAAAAAGAAUUACGAGGAGAAUUCUCGGUCCUACCAGAAUUAGAUGCAUAGACCGGCCAUGGAUGAACAAGGUC